GAGAGGUGCAGGCAAACCAAUGGUAGUACGUGUUGCUGCAUUCAGAGCAGGCGUUGCCUGUGGGGGAAAGUUUAAAAGAGAACGUGUGUCCUCUUGUCCCUCAGCAGAAGCAUCAAUCAACAUGAUCCCCAUUGUGCUGGCCUCAGUGCUCAUUGCUGGCGCCCUUGGGUGUGGCACACCACCCAUUCCGCCCCUGACUUCCCGUGUGGUCAACGGAGUUGAUGCCAGGCCUCACAGCUGGCCCUGGCAGAUCUCCCUGCAGUAUGACAGGGACGGCGAGUGGAGGCACACUUGUGGGGGAACUCUGAUUGCUGCCAACUGGGUCAUGACUGCUGCUCACUGCAUUAACGCCGAGUUGUCCUACAGGGUGUAUGUGGGCAAAUACAACCUGGUGGAGGAAGAGGCUGGCUCCAAGGCUAUCCUGCCCGAGAAGAUUAUUGUCCAUGAGAAAUGGAACCCUACCUUUGUGGCCUUCGGUAACGAUAUCGCCCUGAUCAAACUGUCAGAGUCUGCAACUUUGAGCGACCAGGUGCAGUUGGCAUGUAUCCCCCCUGCUGGCACUGUCUUGUCCAACCUCUACCCCUGCUACAUCACUGGAUGGGGAAGACUGUACACCGGAGGCCCCAUAGCUGAUAAGCUGCAGCAAGCUUUGAUGCCUGUGGCAGACUAUGCCACCUGCUCCCAAUCUGACUGGUGGGGUAUCGCUGUAAGGACCACCAUGGUGUGUGCUGGCGGAGAUGGAAUUGUGGCUGGAUGCAACGGUGACUCCGGUGGCCCUCUGAACUGUCAGAACGCUGAAGGUGUCUGGGAGGUGCACGGUAUUGCUAGCUUUGUGUCUGCCCUUGGCUGCAACUAUGAGAAGAAACCCACUGUCUUCACCAGAGUCUCUGCCUUCAACGACUGGAUUGACCAGGUUAUGAUGAGCAACUAAGGAAGACGGCAAUAAAUACAUUUUUAAAAAAGA